AUGGAUGUCUCCAGCUCUCUUAUCCAGCUUCAGGAUAACACAGAGUUUCUGUUCGACUGUGAGGGCCUUCUGGAGCAAAGAUUCUCUGCUUCUGAUGCCGGCUACUACAGCGCCUGCAGCAGCCUCUCACCGGCUUCCUCCACCGAUUCCUGUUGUUUCUCUCCACCAACUUUCCAUUAUGGAACAGGUCAGGAGAGCUUUCCAGAGCUCUUCCCUUUGAUGAACAACACUGAUCAAGAAGAGAAGAAAAAUAGCACGGUGGGCAAGAGGACUGGACGACCGCGAUCAAAGUUCCCUGGGCUGAAGCGCCAGAGUGCGAGCGAACGGGAGAAGCUCAGGAUGAGGGACCUGACCAAAGCAUUGCACCAUCUCAGGACCUACCUGCCUCCAUCAGUGGCUCCUGCUGGACAGACGCUGACCAAGAUCGAGACUUUGCGCCUCACCAUGCGUUACAUCUCCUACCUGUCGGCUCAGCUGGAGCUCGGGCAAGAAGCGGCAGCUCACGGGAGUCCUUCAGCGCCAAUGCAGGCUCCAAACACGGCAGCUUUCUAUGAACAGAGCCUUAACCACGUGGCUCCUCAGACACCAAACUUCUCCACACAGGAGGUCUUCAAUAUGCCUUACUGUCAGAAUGCAGAGAAUAGCAGCCUGCCUUCAUCUCCAGCUCAGGAUUACUGGAUUCCCCAGCAGCAAUACUGCUAUUAUGAACAGUGCUAA